AUGAAGAGGAGCAAGCAGGAGCCCUUCAGUUGGGAAGAUGUGCUCGACCUCUGUGCCUUCACCGAGGGGAGCUGCCGUGUCCUGCACAGACUGCUGGAGAGGAUUCCUCCUGAGGGUGUCAAACCAAAGCUGAUGGUGAAGCAGCUCCUGUACCGCAGCCUCCAGCUCUUUGCCAACGUGGUCUAUGAUGCCUUCCAGUCCUCCCAGGUACUGGGCUGGCCAGGCCUGGAGCAGCUCUCAGCAGGCUGCAGGAGGAGCGUGGAGCAGAUGCUGGAGGCACUGGAGGGGCUCCCCGAGAGCGAGCGAGCCAAGUACCUGGAUGUCACCGUGUCGUGCACCUUCAAGCUGGCAUACAUCUUCUACAGCCAGAACCUUCACGAGGAGGCGAGCUCCAUCUGUGAACCCCUCUGCAAGGGGCUGCAGGCAGUGGAUGCUUAUGCAUGUCCAGAGAUACCCCCAGAAAGGCUCCACAAAUGCUUCAGGCUGCAGGUCGAGAGCCACCGCAAGCUGGGCUGGCUGGGGAGGGCCCUGGCCUCUGUGGAGCAGUGGCUGGGCGGGGACCUGCUGGCAGAGCCCAUCUCCCUCUGGGUCCGAGUCAAAUCCGAGGCUGGGAAGCAGGGGCACGAGGAGCUGCGCUUACGGACCCUGAAGGAAGGCUUGGAGGGGCACAACCUGGGUGCAGAGACCUUGGUGCCCAUUCUCUUUGCGGAGCUGAAGGCCUACAAGAGCAUGCGGGCUGACACGGGGCAGGAGCGCUACAACGUGCUGUGUGACCUGCUGGAGCUGUGCUCGGAGGAGAGCGGCCGCCUGCACGAGCGAGCUGUUGGCCUGACAGAGCUGGCCCAAGUGUUGUGCUACCACAGCUACUGCCAGCAGACUGACUGCUCCUCCCUGGACUCUGUCAAGGAAGCCUUGAGGCUGCUGGAGCUGGUGCCCAGGAGCACCCAGAACCAGGAUCAGCUCCUUGAUGACCGGGCGCAGGCUCUACUCUGGCUCUACAUCUGCACCCUGGAGUCCAAGCUGGAGAAGAGCAUAGAGAGGGAGCAGAGAGCCAAAGCUCAGGGGCUGAGGAACCUGGACGACUUUGAGCCCAAUGAUCUCAACUACGAAGGCAGGCUGCUGGAGGACAGGUUCCUGUAUGACGGCAUCUCCUUCAACCUGGAGACAGAGACUGAGGCUUUGUCUGGAAGCACCUGGGUUUGGGUCAGGGUGUCUCAAACCUGUGGUGUGUCCUCAGCUCUGGCCAAAAACCUGGAUGAUGCCUUCACCUUGUGGAAGCAGCUCCUGGCAACGCCGGGGGUCCCGGCUGUGCGCAGCGCUGAGCAGACUGCAGCCUCCCUGCGCCUUCUGGCUGCUCUCUACAGGCUGACGGGGCAGCCUUUGCAAGCCCUGGAGAGCUACCUCCUGGUGAGAGCACUGUGCACUGCGCUUGGGGACAGCCUGGGCACAGCCAGCGCCCUGUGCCAGGUCACCAAGCUGCUCUUCCAGCUGGAAUGCCCCAGCUCUGCCCAGCUUUUCCUGGAGGAGACAGAGUCCUGCCUGCAGAGAGCUGACAGCAGCGCCGAUUCCUACGUGGUGCUGCAGCAAAGCUGCCUCCUGCUGCGCAGCCGCCUGUGCUGUGUCACCCACCGGAUUGAAGAGGGUCUCGCCCUGUUGCUGAAGGUGCUCCAGGACAUGGCUCUGCAAAAAGUCACAAAGGUCUGGUACCUGCUGCGAGCCCACGUCCUGCAGCUGGUGGCCACCUACCUGAGCCUCCCCGUUGCCCGCCUCUUGCCGGAGCUCCGGCAGCAGAUCUUUGAGCAAGGGUGGAAGACACCCAAGACAGCUCUUGUUGAAGCCCAGAAGCUCUUGCGCAGCAUCAUCCUCCUGCUGAUGGGCAGCAGUGUGCUGGGAUGUCAGCCAACAGCAUCUGAUGGCCACUUUGUGGAUUAUGGGGACAACCUGCUGCUGAAGUGGCAAGUGUUGGCUGAUGUGCUGGCCUGCUCAGAGCACCUCGUGGCUCUCCUCAGCAGGUUGGAGGUGGUGUGUAAAGCCAAAGCCUUCUGCUGGGAGGCCGUCAAGCUGGCCAUGAAACUGCAGGCCACACGGUGGUGUACUUCCUUCCUGGUGCUGAAGGCCCAGCUGGAGCUGCAGCAGAGUGAGCUGGAGCUGAGCCACUUGGACCUGCAGCAGGCCCUCUUCCUCCUGGAGCCUGACAGUG